AUCAUCUUUUCGGAAGAAUUCCACAACCAUCCAGCCGAAAACUUUAUCAAAACAACUUGAUUCUUUCAACUACGCCAAUCAGUCGAAUUUUCAUUACGACCAUCCUCCUUCCCCAACUAUACACGAAUGUUUACCGAACAAAGUUAAUUUUCAACCCCAGCUGGCCUCCAUUCCCAGUGACAGCGAUGCUUCAUCAGGAAUCUGUAAGGAUGAGUUGAAUACAAACGAAAAAAACUACACCGAUCGCAUUCUAACUAAAAGCAACAUCACACCCAAAUUAUCAACUCCGUGCAAAAGUAUUCCGUCAAACUACAAGACAGAAAUGAGCAAUGACGAGAAAACAGUUAAAAGCGAAUUUAAGUUUUCCGAAAUUAGCUUAAGUUCUGAAACAGAAUCAUGCUAUUCAACGCCUGAGAAAUCAGUUGAAUAUUCACCGAGAAAAUUAACAGAUAUUUACAAUUCUCCUGAUGUGUUAAAAACUGGACAGGCUGAAGUAAUACCAGAAUGUAAUUGUUUUCCUUCCAAUAUGGGGCCUCCUGAACCAGGAUCUUUCUACACUCAUCUAGGAUCAUCUCACAGCCUUAGCGGAUUAAGAAAACAUCUAGAAGAACGAACCGGUUUGGUCGGUUCUUCGAUCAGAAUUGAGAAAGUGUGUUAUAGUGGGAAAGAAGGCAAAACACCCCAGGGUUGUCCGAUAGCGAAAUGGAUAAUAAGAAGAUCUGGUCUUGAAGAGAAGUACUUGGUCAUUGUAAAACAUCGACAAGGCCACUUUUGCUCUUCGGCCUUUAUAGUUGUGUGUAUCGUAGUUUGGGAAGGUUUGGAUAGUAACGACGCCGAUGACAUGUACUCGACGCUCUGUCACAAACUGAAUAAGUUUGGUACCCCGACAGCUCGCCGUUGUGGCACGAACGAUACCAGAACCUGCGCUUGUCAAGGUUUGGAUCCUGACCUAUGCGGUGCGAGUUUUUCAUUCGGUUGUUCUUGGAGCAUGUAUUACAACGGCUGCAAAUACGCUCGUUCAAAACUUAUCAGAAAAUUCAAGUUAACCGAGCAAACUGAAGAAAAAGAACUGGAAGAAAAGUUUCAAGCCCUUGCAAAUCAUAUAUCUCCCAUGUAUAAAAAUCUCGCACCGAAAUCGUUCGAUAAUCAGUGUCAGUAUGAAGAAACAGCUUCCGAGUGUAGAUUGGGACUGAAUCCUGGGAGACCUUUUUCUGGUGUGACCGCGUGUUUGGAUUUUUGCGCACACGCCCAUAAAGACUCCCAUAACAUGAACAAUGGCUGCACCGUGGUUGUUAGUUUGACAAAACACCGCGAUCUCAAUAAAGCUGAAGACGAACAACUCCACGUGCUUCCUCUAUAUACCAUUGACAAGACUGAUGAAUUAGGUUCCGAAGACAAACAACGUGAGAAGAUGAAUAAUGGCAGUAUCGAAGUCCUUAACAAAUACCAGUGUGAGGUGCGUUUAAGGAAUGAACCUCAGCAACCAUGUCGAAGAAGAAAAAGAAAAGAUGAUGGAAACGAGAAAAGCAAAGCAGAAAGUCCCAAGAAGAAUGGCGUUUCUGUAAAGGACCAAAACACAUCUCCAUCAUCUGCCUACCACCACCCGCAUCAUCAACAAACUUUCCUCAACAAUAAGCACGAACUUCAAAGCGAUCAAGUUACAAGUACAGUAUUUGAUGCAUCCAGUAGAAAACACGGUAAAAAUAGUAAGUUAAUAAGUAACAGUAGAAAAGGACCUCAGUNCAAAAUAAUCCAGUGGUUUUACUGUAUAACUUGCAAAAGUAUUAAACUAUUUUAA